UACGCGCGGGUGUUGGCUCUUCACCCCGAUCCCUACGGGGCUUACAAUUAUCUGCCCUGGCAACGGGACCCCCCCUCCGGUGCCAGCUCGCAGCACAACCCGGGAGGACUCUUUUAUUCGGCUGAGAUCGAGCUGCUGUGCGACCAAGCGUGGGGCAGCAUGCUGGAGGUGCCCGCCGGCUCCCGACUCAACCUCACCGGGCUCGGCUACUUCUCCUGUCACUCGCACACCGUCAUGCAGGGCUACGCUUACUUCUUCUUCCUUCGCAUGGAUGAGAAUUACAUCCUCCUGCCGCACGGGGUGAACUUCCAGGAGGCAAUUUUCCCGGACACCCAGGAGAACAGGAGGAUGUUCGCCAGCCUUUUCCAGUUUUCCAACUGCUCGCAGGCACAGCAUGUCCUGAGCUUCUCCAGUGACUGGGAGAUCCAAGAAGAUAAUCGACUCAUGUGCUCCUCGGUCCAGAAAGCCCUGUUUGAGGAGGAGGACAGAGUGAAGAAGCUGCAGCAGAAAGUGGCAACGUUGGAGAAACGCAACAAACAGCUGCGAGACCGGGUGAAGAAGGUCAAGAGGUCUCUCCGGCAAGCUAGGAAAAAUACCAGGCACAUGGAGCUGAUGAACCGAAAGCUCAGUGAGAAACUUGCCUCUGCUGGUGGUCAGAUUCCCUACAUUAACUCUUUAAAGCAGGAGAACUCACAUGCUACCUACCUUAAAGUAUAAUGCAAGGGUAAGAGCUCAGGCCAAUGAUAAUGGCAAAUUUUGCCUGCGUUAGAUCAGGAUCUGGCCCUUACACCUUGUCUACACUGCUUCAAACCUUGCAUGGAAAAUGAAUCUGAACUUGCUCUAGACACAGUGCUAGAUUAAACAGGAAUGCAAACUGGAUUUGUCUGGGUAUUGGAGGAACGGCCCAAAACCAAGUCCAUGGUGUUCUGGGUAGACAUAGGGCCAGGUUAUAAUAUAAAGCACAUUGUGCUUCUUGGUCCUCUUCCCCCUGCCUCUGUCAACACCCCUGUGGUGGGGUGGGUGUGAUGGAAGUUCUGUCAGGCACGUGACAUGGGAGCAGUUCUAGAGAUCUGAUGCUUGCUUACCUUUUCUACGUGGACUGGGCGAACAAGUGGAUGUACAGAGAUGAAUGCUGCAGGAAGGAUGCAGGCAUAAAUGCUCCUUGCUCCAUCAUGAUCCCCUUCAUCGUGCCUUAAGCUUGACUAAAGACUAUAUUCUGUUUAUGAGCACAGGCUAUGUCCAGGACGCAUAGUCAGUUUGGGCCCUUAUUCAAAAUGAAAUGCAAAUGUGCCCAAACUGCCUUAAGACUGUGUCAAAGUAUUUCUUAAUAUUCUAAAAAAAAAAAGAAAAAGAAAAAUCUAAUAUUUUUCAUUUUAUCAGGACAUGCCUUAAGAGUCGUAGUAACUCCUUCAGGUGACUUUAGUAUUGCUCAGCCAAUGGAGCUGGAGAGCCAUCAAUCUGAGUCUGUGUCUAGGACCUAAUCCAGCUCCUACCAUCAGGAAUGGAUUUAGCCUAGAGUUAGUGGGUGCUGGAUCAGGUCUGAUGGAUGAUUUCAGAUCCUGUUUUCACGCAGGUUUAACUUACAGUGUGGACAAGGCUUCAAGUUUUGUAAUCACUGUUUGAGGUAUAAAGGAGGUUGCUGGGCAGCCUCAUUUAGUUACGCUUAGAUACUGUAGAGAUCACAUCAAUAUCAACAGGGCAUUAAAAAUUAAGGUAGUUUAUAUAUGUAUAUAUUCUAAAAUCCUAUAGAAAAUAUUUUUAUUACACAUUUGAUAUAGUCUAAUUUCUUAAAAUAUGAAGCAAAUCCCAUUUCUUGGUUAUCUCAUUAGAAAAGUCCAUCAUGUUCUUUAUUAGACAUUUACAAAACUGAAUUCUGUUGAAGCAUCAUAGGUUAAGGCUCAGCAACCACAACGAAAAUAUUUUUCAGCUAUGUUAAUGUACCAGAGGAUGUCUUUGGUCAUGGUAGUUAAACAACCUUCCUUCAUAACAGGGCAUAAGGAAUAGAAAAUGAAAGAAGAGUUUCUGUGUCUUCCUUCCCUUAUCAAAAUAGUUUUUCUUUCCCCAAGCAUGAGCCUCAGGAGUAGAUAUGUCUCAUGCUUUUCAACAGAGAGUCCUUGCUUAGCAUCAGGCAAUACUGACAAUUUACCAGGGCUAAACCUGACUUAUACAUGAUAGACCAAUCCAGAUGAACUUUAAUAUAGAGGUAAGGUCCUCAGAAAUAACAAUAUGGAAACCACCAUUCUGCUCCUAACUCUCCAGGCUUUGCCAGAUCACUGCACGGUCUUCAUGCUGAUUCUCAGAGAUUAAAAAUAGAGUAUAUCCAGGCUGCAGCUCUGUUGGACCAUGCUUUAACUAUCCACACAUUUAGGAAAAGCCCAUAUCAGCUUUCAGCCAUGAGCUUCAGUCCAAGCUAAGCUCAGAAG